GGUUUCCCGGCAUCAACCAGUUAGCGGAAGACUGUUGUUUAACUCCCGAGGGCGAUGCGUUCUGGCGCAGCAGUCAGGGCCUGCCAGAAAGUGUGCAGGUGCCUGUUGUCUGGCUUUGGAGGUCGAGUGGAUGGGGGGCAGCCUGAGCCGUUAAUGGAAGGGAGUAGUUCCUUCGGAGGGCCCGUGAGGUCGCACGCGGAGCUGCCUCGGGGGAGCGAGCCGAUCGAAGCCCCCGAGUCCAGUGAGGGGACCGAGGAGCUGGUAGAGAUCUGUCAGAGAAGGCAUUUCUUCAGUGGCAGCAAGCGGCAGCUUAACCGACAUUCUCUUCUGAGCGGGUGCCACCCCGGCUUUGGCCCCUUGGGCAUUGAGUUGCGGAAGAACCUGGCAGCAGAAUGGUGGUCCUCGGUGGUGGUGUUCAGGGAGCAGGUCUUCCCUGUAGAUGCCCUCCAUCACGAGCCUGGCCCUACGCUGCCUGGGGACAGUACCUUCAGGUUAGUUUCAGCAGAAACUCUACGGGAGAUCUUGCAAGACAAAGAGCUGAGUAAGGAACAGCUAGUAGCAUUUCUUGAAAACUUAUUAAAAACUUCUGGGAAACUACGGGAGAACCUUCUUCACGGUGCUUUGGAGCACUAUGUUAAUUGCCUGGAUCUGGUAAACAAGAGACUACCUUUUGGCCUUGCCCACAUUGGAGUGUGUUUUCAUCCUGUUUCUGAUACUAAGCAGACACCUGAUGGUGUUAAAAGAAUCGGUGAGAAGACUGAGGCUUCACUGGUUUGGUUUACUUCAGCAAGAACCGCAGGCCAGUGGCUUGAUUUCUGGUUACGUCAUCGACUCCUGUGGUGGAGAAAGUUUGCUAUGAGUCCGUCUAACUUCAGCAGCAGUGAUUGUCAGGACGAAGAGGGACGAAAAGGAAACCAACUUUAUUACAACUUCCCAUGGGGAAAGGAGCCAAUAGAGACCCUGUGGAAUCUAGGAGACCGUGAACUUUUACACACGUGUCCUGGAAAUGAGUCUCAAUUACACGGCCGAGAUGGACGAAAAAAUGUGGUUCCGUAUGUUUUAUCUGUUACUGGAAAUCUGGACCGAGGUGUGCUGGCUUACCUCUACGAUUCUUUCCAGCUCACAGAGAACUCCUUUACAAGGAAGAAGAAUCUUCAGAGAAAGGUACUUAAACUUCACCCUUGUUUAGCCCCUGUUAAGGUUGCUUUGGAUGUGGGAAGAGGCCCAACGGUGGAAUUAAGACAGGUCUGUCAAGGGUUAUUUAAUGAAUUACUAGAAAAUGGAAUUUCUGUGUGGCCUGGUUAUUUGGAAACUGUGCAGUCCUCAUUGGAGCAACUUUACUCAAAAUAUGAUGAAAUGAGUAUCCUGUUCACAGUUUUGAUUACUGAAGCUACUUUGGAGAAUGGGUUAAUACAUCUGAGAAGUAGAGACACCACAAUGAAGGAAAUGAUGCAUAUAUCCAAAGUAAAAGAUUUUUUGGUCAAGUAUAUAUCAUCAGCUAAGAAUGUAUAGAUUUUAAUAUUUGUCUAAUAAAUAUUCUCCUUUCCUAA